GAUUCAUUCAGAGUGUUUGCACAACGUUUCCACUGGUGUUCCACUGGAGGUUAUUUUGAGGGUCUCGUGCUGUCAGCUGUUGUCUUGAGUCCUUCUGGACCCUCCUCACUUCUCUCUUUCACUCUGAUAAAACUGUGGACUGACUGGUUCAUUGUCCUCCUUUUCUAUUCGAACCCGAACAGACACGUGUGGCAGAUGAUGGAGGGCAGUCACCAGACCUCUGAGAACGCCAAUGAACAAGUCAAUGGCCCAUUGGAGCAGCCAGUGGACCCCAUGGAGGACUUCAGCAGGCAGCUAGAGGAUAUAAUCAACACGUAUGGAGCAGCAUCCAGCCUGAUGCAGGAGCAGAUCUCCAUCCUGGAGUCUGAGGAGAGAAAGGAAGAGGAGGCAAAGGCUGAUAAAGAGGCCGACCCACAAGAAGCUGGUGCCACUCCAGAGAAGGAGCAGAUAGCUGAUAAGAACAUUCUCAAGGGCCUGGGUAAAGAGGCCGCAUCCUUAUUGCAAAGCCUGAACAAGCUCGGCUCACCAGAAGAGAAAGUGGAAAUGGUGUUGAAGAAAUACACUGAGCUGGUGGAGGACCGCAGGACUGAGAAGAAACAGCUGGAGCAGCUUCAGCAGAGACAGGGUCUUCUGGUCAAGCAGAGAGAUCAGCUUCAGUUCGAGCACAGUCGUGCCAUCCUGGCCCGCAGCAAGCUGGAGAUGCUCUGCAGGGAGCUUCAGAGACAUAACAGGACACUGAAGGAGGAGAGUCUGCAGAGGCUGCAGGAGGAUGAAAUGAAGCGGAAGGAGAUCUCCGCUCAUUUCCAGAGCACGCUAGUGGACAUUCAGAAUCAGAUCGAGCAGCACAGUAACCGCAACAACAAGCUGUGCCAAGAGAACAGUGAUCUGGCCAGCAAACUCAAGACCAUCAUAGAGCAGUAUGAGCGGAGAGAAGAGAGUUUAAAGAAGAUAUUCAAACACAGAGAUCUACAGCAGAAACUGUCUGAUGCCAAGCUGGAAGAAGCCAACAUGCUCCUCAGUCAAGCUGAAGAGAAGCACAAAAGAGAGAAGGAAUAUUUGCUUAAAGAGGCUAUUGAAAAAACAAAGAAAUGCUACGCAAUGAGGGAGCAGGAGUUACAGAUGAAGAAACAGCUUGUGUUGUACUCCCAGAAGUUUGAUGAGUUCCAGAACACACUAGCAAAAAGCAAUGAAAUCUACAUCACUUUCAAACAGGAGAUGGAGAGGAUGACAAAGAAGAUGAAAAAGCUGGAAAAGGAGUCAAGUAUAUGGAAGACACGGUUUGAAAGCUGCAAUAAAACUCUUGUUGAAAUGAUUGAGGAGAGAUCAGAAAAGGCCAAAGAGUUUGAACUCUUCACUUUGAAAAUCGACCGUCUGGAGACUCUGUGCCAAGCACUGCAGGAUGAAAGAAAAAGUUUAUAUGACAAAAUUAAAGAAAUACGGUCCUUAGAAAAGGCGACUCUAGCACCAGUGGUGGACUUGCCCCAAGUAGAUGAGCUUCCAGAGCUCGUCCAACUUCCUAAGCCGGCUCCCAACCCAAUGUUGACCACAGAGAUGAAGAGGCUGCGAGAGGAGCAGAUCCGUCUGCAGGAGUUUGCAGCUUCCUUGGUAAGUUCCAUAACAGAUGAUGCUGGAGAAUCUGAUAGUGAGGAAGAGAAGACGGCAGAAAAGAUUCCAGCAAUUCCUGAGGCUCCCAAACUUGAGUCCACCAAACCAGAAGAUAAACCAGAAUCAACAAAAGAGGAACCCUCCACCACAGAAGAAAACAAACCAGAGGUUGCUAGAGUAAACGAAGAGAAGCCAUCAGUACCCACAAAUCCUGAACCCGCCAAGCCUGAGACGGAAUCUAAACUUCUUCAAGAGCCUCUACAACCAGAAAUCACUGAACAACAGACAGGAAAUCAAGAGUCCGCCAAAGAGGAACCAAGCCAGGAAGAGACAACAAAAGAGGAAGAGACGAUCGAACAGGAAUCCACUCAGCCAAAGCCUGUCUUGAAAGAAGAUAGCAAAGAUAAAGCUGUUAAACCUGAGCUACCUGAACCAGAGCCACCCAGACAAGAACCCCUCAAAGAAGAGCAGCCGAAGCUAGUCUUGAAAGAAGAUCAAGAUCCUGAGCUACCUGAACCAGAGCCGCCCAAACAAGAACCCCUCAAAGAAGAGCAGCCGAAGCCUGUCUUGAAAGAAGAUAGCAAAGAUGAAGCUGUUAAACCUGAGCUACCUGAACCAGAGCCGCCCAAACAAGAACCCCUCAAAGAAGAGCAGCCGAAGCCUGUCUUGAAAGAAGAUAGCAAAGAUGAAGCUGUUAAACCUGAGCUACCUGAACCAGAGCCGCCCAAACAAGAACCCCUCAAAGAGGAGCAUGUUGAGAAAGCCAUAGCUGCCUCUGAGGAAGCCAAAGCACCGGCGACAAAACCUAAAGCCCCAAAAUCCCAAGAGGCAAAAGCGAAGGCCGGCAAAGCCCAGCCUAAAAAACAAGCUCCAGCCAAGAAGAAAGGUUCUGCAAAGGGCCCGAAUAAAAGCUAAGCCGUAAUGCAUUACCAAAUGAGUUUUUCUUUUUAUUGUUUCUAGAUCUAUUUGUUUGUGUACUUAGACAAGUCUUGUUGUUGACGAGUUUAAAGGCCAAUUCACACUGCACUGGCAGAUGCCAAUAAACAGCAACAGACACGUUUGCCAGGUUUUGUCUGAUCAGUGUGUUACUCCUGUCAGCAUCUGUUGGUGUUGGUCUGUGCUUGUUUUUUGCCAACUGAAUGUUGAAUCAGCAUUUAUCGAGUCUUGGUAUGUCUGAGAAGUGACGUAGGCUUACUGUGCUCGGUCGGCGUUGGUCUGCAUCUGUCUGUGCAGUGUGAAUUGGCCUUAUAAGUUAAUACAGACGAUGACAGACUGGUCGUAGAACACGUUCCUUUAUGAAAGUUUACUAUAAGGAUGAAUUUCUAGCUUCCUGAAUGUAAUAAGGACUUUUUUCUCAUUUGUAAAACUUUCUCAGUACCUUCAAAUAAAUAUCUGCUCUUGACAAUCCUAUAAAAUGUUCUCUUU